UUCUUUCAAGAUUUUGAGAAAGACGAGGGUGAUGGCAGCAUUAAUGCAUGUAAGAUGCAUGAUAUGGUGCAUGAUUUUGCACAAAGUUUGACAAAAAAUGAAUGUUUUAUUGUAGAUACCGAUGGUGCGGCAGAGUCCAAGUUAGACUCUUUUUCUAGAGAUGCCCGACACUCCACGGUAGUGUUUAGAAAUUUCACUGACCCAUUUCCUGCAGCCAUCCAUAGUUUCAAAAAGCUUCGCAGCCUGAUUGUUUAUGGUUUUCCUUCAUCGAUGAAUGCAGCCUUACCUAACUUAUUCGCUAAUUUGAGUUGUCUAAGAACAUUGAAGUUGUCAGAUUGUGGAAUAGAAAAGGUCCCAUCCAACAUAGGAAAGUUGAUACACCUGGGGCAUGUUGACUUGUCUUGGAAUGAGAUCAGGAAGUUACCUGUAGAGAUGUGUGAAUUGUAUAAUAUGCUAACUUUAGAUGUCUCGUAUUGUAGGAAACUUGAAAGGCUGCCUGAUAACAUAGGAAGACUGGUCAAAUUAAGACAUCUCAGUGUUCAUAACAGGCAGUUUGUGAAGAUGAGAGGAGUUGAGGGGUUAAGUUCUCUUCGGGAAUUAGACUUCCAUGUAAGUGGUAGUGAUAAAGAGUCUAAUAUUGGGGAUUUGAGAAACUUGAACCAUCUUGAAGGAUUUCUUACGAUAAGAUGGUUGGGAGAUGUGAAAGAUUCAGAUGAGGUUAAGAAAGCAGGACUUAAGAGUAAGAAACACCUCACUGUGUUAGGUUUAUGGUUUAAUUCUAGAACAGAUAGGAAGAUAUUUCGGGAUGAUGAAGUCCUUGAAGCCUUAGAACCACCUCCAAACUUAGAAUCUUUGGAGAUACAUUAUUACCAAGGAAUUAUCCCAGUGCUUCCUAGUUGGAUUAAUAAACUAAGGGUUGUUGGACUCUGGAAUUGGGAGAAGAUUGAGAAACUGCCUGCUUUGGGGAAGUUGCCAUCUCUUGAAGAAUUAUCCGUAGGUUGGAUGGAACGCAACAAUAGAUAAAUGGCUGCAGGCGCCUCACUAACAACCUUUCCCGGUGCUCAAAUUCAUCGGAGAAGGAGGAGAUGUGUAUAUAUCCUUUAAUUAAUUAAUUAAUUAUAUUGUUUCUGA